AUAUAAAUUUAUUAUAUAUAUAUAUACACUCACUUUCUCCUUCUCUCUCUGUUAUUUUCUCACUUGAAAGUUAGCUAUGGUGGAUCAUCAAAUCGUAUGCUGCCUGUGCGGUGACGUUGGUUUCACUAACAAACUUUUCCGAUGCAACAACUGUCAUCACCGAUUCCAACACUCGUAUUGCAGUAACUUCUAUGGAGAAGUAAGCGAGAUAGAAGAGUGUGAUUGGUGUCAAAGCAAAGGGAAAAACAGUAUUGGCUCCAAGAAACCGGCUGUGAGAGUAGCGAUGAACGGUGGUGGUUCUUCUGAAUGUUCGGGUGAGAAAAUAUUGAAGCAGCAUCGUGAUGAGAAGAAGAAGAGUUCGUUGGCAUCACCAAGACAAGCAACACGAAGGUAUAAGCUUCUGAAAGACGUAAUGUGUUGAAGGAAGAGAUCCAUGAAAAUGAAAUAGUUUGAAUGUAUAUAGCUUCCUCUUUUAUGUAAGUAUCUGUUCAACCCUAACUAGCUACAGUUUCAGUUGUAGUAGUUGGAGUAUUUCUGACACAAAAAAUGUUGAUAAGGUAUUAGCUUCCACUUUGACUCUUUUGACCAUUUAUUGGAAAAUGGAAACCAACUACUAAUUCCUUUCUA